CUCUCUCUCUCUCUCCCUCUCUCUCUCUCUCUCCUCGGGAGCGAUUUUUGAAGCUUCUCUCUCUCUCUCUCUCUCUCCUCCGCUGCGCCCCCUUUCCCGGUGAAACCCUCGUCUUCGUCUCCUCCCUUCUUCUCUCUCCCUCUCCUCUUUGUCGCUUCUAGGGUUUCGUUCGAUCCCUUUGCCCCGCGGAGGCAGCUGAUUCGCCACCCUUCUUUCCCAUUUCUAGGGUUUCGGGUUUCGUCAUUCGGGAGCUUUGAUUUCUCUCUGGUGAGGGAUUCGAGGAGAAGGACGAUGUCGUCUCGGCCCCGUGUGACGAUCACGUUGGGCCGGAGUGGUCAGGUUGUCAAGAAGGGGCCUUUAUCUGAUCUUAGUCAUUCUGAUGAUAUGCCAUCGGCAGGAGAUAAACGGUCGAUCAGAGAGAGAUUGGGAAGCAACAUGGAUGAAUCUGAUUCGUAUGGAAGUUUGUACAAGAACAAACGCCAACGACUUGAAAGCCAUGCUUCAAGAUUCAGUAACAGAGAUUUGGAUUAUGACGAUCAGUUAUCCAUAUGGGAAGAUCGCCGCGUUGCGCGAGGUGAUCUGAGACUGAAACUUAUGGAGAAAAGCUUGUCUCAGAGAAGAAAUGCUGGUGCUGGAAAAGCCAAUUCUAAUGGAGUUGACCUUCGUGAAAGGCUUUCUCGAAACACUCAAAGUUCAUCAAGAUAUGAUACACGACAAGGUGCGCCAAGAUCAAGGGAGUCUGGCGUUGUUGUAAGGCGAAUUCCUCCUGCAAGAAGUGCGGAUGAUUUGCUUCAGCUAGAUUCAGUGAAGACCUCCUACACUUCUUGGAGAAGUGACGGUCUCAGGCGUAGUUCUCCUGAUAGACAUUUAAGUGCUUCCAGGGCUAUUUCCCCUCCGAGGAGUUAUGGGGAGAUGAGGAUGAGGCCCACCCUUAGAUCUCUUGGCACUUCGAGGCCUUCUAGUAUGUUGACAAAAGAUGUACCUAGUGCUUCAAGAUCAGCAGCUUAUAUGAGUAAUCCUUCUGCUCCUCUUGAUGCAAAAAGGCCAGUUGUGCCAUCUCUUCCUGCUGGGAACAUCGUUCAGAAAAGUUCUUUCACGACGGAAGAACCACUUACUGUAUCUGGCCUGCUGCACUCGAUAGGACUAGGGAAAUAUGCUAUUCUGUUUCAGGCAGAGGAGGUGGACAUGGCCGCAUUGAGGCAGAUGGGAGAUGGCGACCUCAAAGAAUUGGGAAUACCGAUGGGCCCUCGGAAGAAAAUUCUCCUCGCAAUGCUAUCCUAUUCAAAACAGCGGCAGCGGUGAGAAUAUAGUGGAAUUUUGGGUAGUCGUUAUGUCGCAUUUGAGAUCAUCACAACUUGAUUGUUGCUUAAACUUGCGAUUUUUAAGAUUGUUAAAUUCCGGGACCAUGUAUAUCCUCCGAUGUUUGCCUUUUCGAGCUCUAUCGCCUUCCAACUUUUAUUGGUGCUGCUUUUUUCUUAGUAAAUGUCCUCCACUAACCUCUCAUCCUGUCUCGUACUGUAUAAUCUCUGCCGCCGCCUGAUGAAUGGCGUCCUUUUUCUUUAGGAGAAAUUUUUUAAAAAAAUGGAUUGUCGGAUUACGAGUAAGAGGUGAGAUGAAGGGCUGUCAUGGAUGCACCAGGAGCAAGCUGUAUAUUAAUCCUGAUUUGUGACCUAAUAUAAUGUAGUUGUACACGAGUUAUCACUCUCUUUUUCUUC